AUGUCCACAAACAAACCCGACAACUGGCGCGAAGAAGCCUUCGCCAAACAGCGCAUGCAAAUGCGCGAGGAAUACGAGCGGCAAAAGCAGUCGCUCAUAAACGAGACCGAAAAGGCUCGUCCCUCCGCCAACCGCUUCGUCGGGCAGAACGACUCGAUGGAGGAUACACUCAAGAACAGCACCGUCGGCCUCGUCAAGCUCGAGGAUUUUCAGCAGAUGCGCAAGGAGCUUGAAGAGGCCAAGGCGCGCGAGGCGGCCAAAUCGAAUGACCUCAAAGAUGAAGCAAAGAAAGCGAAGAAGCGCAAGAAAACCGCCAAGUCAAAGUUAUCUUUCGCCAUGGACGACGAGGAGGGCGAGGACGUGUCCGGCGAGCCCAAGGCGAACAGCGACGAAGCCCAGGACGACACCGCCGACCAACCCGCCCCUAAACGCAGCAGACUGAAAAAGAACCCAAACGUCGACACAUCCUUCCUCCCAGACCGCGAACGCGAAGAAGCCGAGCGCAAAGAACGCGAGCGGCUGCGUCUCGAAUGGCUCGCGAAGCAGGACGCAAUGAAGAAAGAGGAUAUCGAGAUUGUGUACUCAUACUGGGACGGAAGCGGGCAUAGGAAGAGUGUCCAGUGCAAGAAGGGCGACGAUAUCGCAACCUUCCUCGAGAAAUGCCGCGCCCAAUUCCCAGAACUUCGUGGCGUAAGCGUCGACAAUCUUAUGUAUGUAAAGGAGGACCUAAUCAUACCACACCACUACACAUUCUACGACUUCAUCGUCAACAAAGCCCGUGGCAAAUCAGGUCCUUUAUUCAACUUUGACGUCCACGACGACGUGCGUCUACUGGCUGACGCGACAAAGGAAAAGGACGAAUCGCACGCCGGCAAGGUCGUCGAGCGAAGCUAUUACCAAAGGAAUAAACAUAUUUUCCCUGCGUCGCGCUGGGAGGUAUUCGAUCCGGAGAAAAACUACGGAAAGUACACGAUAGCAUAG